GUAUGGAGGAAUCUCUAUUGGAGGGAAGCUUCCUGCCAUCCCCAUCACAGCGGAAGCACUUGUUGGUUUUUUAGGUGACCUUGGCCAGAUGAUGAAUGUGAGUGGGGGUCCUGUCACCAGAGAGGCCUCUAAAGAAAUGUUAGAGUUCCUCAAACAUCUUGAAACCAAAGACAACAUUAAGGUAUGGUUUAACAACAAGGGCUGGCAUGCCCUGGUCAGCUUCCUGAAUGUGGCCCACAAUGCCAUCUUACGGGCCAGCUUGCCCAAGCACAGGGACCCUGAGGAGUACGGGAUCACCGUCAUCAGCCAACCCCUGAACCUGACCAAGGAGCAGCUCUCAGAGAUCACAGUGCUAACCACUUCCGUGGAUGCUGUCAUUGCCAUAUGUGUGAUUUUCGCCAUGUCCUUCGUUCCAGCCAGCUUUGUCCUUUACUUGAUCCAGGAGAGGGUGACGAAAGCCAAGCACCUGCAAUUUAUCAGUGGUGUGAGCCCCACCACCUACUGGCUGACCAACUUCCUCUGGGACAUUGUGAGUGCCAGGCCUUCCCUGACCUCCGGGGCCCAGGGUGGGACUGGUGUAUGUCUGGCCAGGGAGGAAUUUCACAUCGCCAGGGCUGCUGAGGCAAUGGCCAUGUGA